CUGUCUCGGUUCUGGUGCAGCCGAUUUACUCCUGACCCAAGCGUUAGUAAUACAGCUUCUCGUCAACUGCUUAUCAAUUUAUCCUUAGCGAUAAGGCAUUAUCUAUGGUAACCCCGAUCUUGGCUAACAUUUUAGAUAUGGUGAAGUUUAUAUAUGACAUUGCCUCCGUGACUUUAUUUCAAUCGACUCGAAGUGUCAGACGAAAAUUCUACUCGUCAACCGUUUGCCCUCAGUUACCGCCGUGUAUGCUCAGGGUCCUUAUAAUUCGUCCGUCAGCGUUCGUUCUGGUGACACGGAGUUCGUUGUGAUAAAUAAGAAAGAAAGAAAGAAAAAAAAAGUUAAAGAGAGAAUGAAUAAUUUCGCAAGAUAAAGUGCAUAACUAAGACUUAAUUUUCCGUGCAGUUUACUUCACUGUGUGUAUCAAACCGUUAGUGCCGCAUCUUGCAUUGUGAUGAAGGUUUUCGGACGAGCUGUGACGCGGACCGGGAUGUUAAAGGCCGGCACACGAAUCCCUCACGCCCACAUGCUGACAAACGUGUUCUCGGUACCCCAUGUCUACGCUCCAACCUCUUCAUCCACAUUCCACCCACUUGUCUACACCCGCCAGAUCCACACGUCACUCCCUCCACUUCGUCCCUCGUCCAUCUACUUCAGUUCAUCUCGACAGCGUCCUCCCGACCGCCACCGCACGUCAUCCACCUUCUCUAUCCACUCGCCCUCCAUCCACCCGCCCUCACCCGCCCUCGUUACACCCACCCGUCGCUACGGAGGCGUCACCCACACCGAGGCCACCCGAGACCCGCCCUCCUCCUCCCCCGCGCCCUUCGGCAGGAGCCUGGAGGACAUCGCGAUGGGGAGGCCAUAUCUCGAGGCCUACGAGGUCAUCGAGGACUUCGCCGACGUCCUGCUUGACGAGGAGGCCAUGGUGACGGAGAGGCCCUUCAGCGGGCACGUCGCGAGAGGGCCACCCGACGCCCCGCCCCUCCCCGCGGCCCUCAUCCCUGGCCCCAAGUCGUGGCCCGUUCUAGGAUGCCUGCCCUACAUGCUCAGGCACCCAGCCUUCGACCCGAACCGCGUGUACCUGUUCUGGCAAGCGACCGCGCAGGAAUUCGGUCCCCUCUUCCGGAAAGACAUGCCGGGCCAUCCGAAUCUCGUGUUCAUCACCGACCCGGAAGACGUGUUCUCGAUGUUCCACACGACCAUGCUCAACCCCGUGCGACCCGGGAUGACCUCGCUCAAGAAGAUUCGCGAGGACAGCCACAGGGAGAGGGAGAAGGAAGGGAGAGGAUGUCCAGCCGGCGACCUCUUCUGCAACGGCGCUGGGAUUCUGGCGGAGCAAGGCGAGAGGUGGUGGCGUGUUCGGCGUCGCGUCCAGAAGCCCAUCACAGACCAGGCCAUCAUCAGCCGCUUUCUGCCGGACAUGGACGAGGUCGCGAAGGCCUUCGUCAGGAGAAUCCGGAACUUACGAGACGGGAACCAGGAGGUGCCACAUACCUUUAAGGACGAUAUUUAUAAGUGGUCUUUAGAAUCCUUAGCAACAGUAGCCCUUGAGCGACGCUUGAACUGCCUCGAGGACGACCUCAAGGCAUCCCCCGAGUCGUCGCGUCUGAUCCCCUUGGCUAAGCAGCUCCUCGAGGCUCUGCACGAGACAGAGAAUGUCAAACUGUGGCAGUAUUUCCCGACGGCUUCUAUAACGAGGUUGAAGGAGGCUCAUGACGUGUUCAGCAACGUCGCUCUCGAGGCCAUCCAGAGCACGGAGCGAGCUCUGGCCUCCCGCAGGAGAGGAGGAGACGCCCCUCGGAGGCUGAGUCUGCUGGAGACGCUGUUAGCCUCGCCCGGCUUAUCGAGGGGAGACGUCCUCACGUUUCUGAUCGAUCUGCUGGCCACUGGGAUCGAUACUACAUCCCACGCUGUAUCCCACAUGCUGUACCUUUUGGCGAAAAAUCCCGAAGCUCAGUCUCGUCUCAUUAACGAAGUCGAUGCCAAAGUCGGCAAACCCGAACACCUUUUGCCCGAACACAUUGCUAGCCUGACCUACGCCAAAGCCGUUUUCAGAGAGACAUUGAGGGUCAUGCCCGUUGGUGUUGGUAUCACCAGGAGACUGAACCAGGACACUGUGCUAGGGGGUUACCUGGUACCUAAAGGGUGGCAGGUCGUGGCCCCUACGAUGCUCAUCAACCACCAGGAUUCCAUCUUCCCGAGGGCGAGGGAAUUCCUGCCGGAGAGGUUCCUGCGGGGGUCUUCUCUGGCGCCCACCCACCCCUACGCCUUCCUGCCGUUCUCCUUCGGCACCAGAAUGUGCAUCGGAAGGCGGAUCGCUUACCAGGAGAUCAUGUGCUUGCUGAUAAGGGUUCUGAGCGAAUUCACCGUGGAUUACAAACAUGAGGAUAUUCAUCUUGUCAACAAGCUUGGCUACGGUCCUUCGCGCCCUUUGAGGUUUACGUUCAGUGACAGAAACUGAAACGAUAUAAAGGUGAAACUGUGGCCGUGUGUGUGUGUGUGUGUGUGUGUGUGUGUGUGUGUGUGUGUGUGUGUGUGUGUGUG